AGCAGCCGCCCGGCGCGCCCCCCCCCCCCCAGGCGGCGGCGACAUGCGGCCCGCGGACGUGGUGGAGCUGGCGGAGCCCGAGGAGGUGCAGGUGCUGGAGCCCGAGGAGGACUUCGAGCAGUUCCUGCUGCCGGUCAUCGGCGAGCUGCGGCCGCGCGGGAAGCUGUGGGCCGUGGACACGCUGCUGGUGCGGAUGCAGGCGCAGGGCCAGGCGGCCGAGGGCGCCCGCGGGGACGCGGCCCCCGCCCCGGCCCCGGCCCCGGCCCCGGAGGUGGCCAAGAUGGCCGAGAUGCUGGUGCAGCUGGUGCGGCGGAUCGAGCAGGGCGAGUCGGCGUGAGCGCGCCGGCCGACGCGGAGCCCGGCCGACCCGAGGAGCUGGCGCCGCCGAGCGCGCCCCCGCCCCGCCCCCGCCCGCGCCCCCGCCCGCCCCGGUCCAGCCUCGCCGUCCACUGCCCCCGCCUGCAGCGGCUUGGCCCUCCGCGAGGCCCCCGCGUCCCGGUGGGGGGCAGGAAGCGUCCCCCCGGGGGACCCGAGGACGUGGGCAGCACCGGCAGCAGGACGGCCUGACCAUCGUGUGGGAACGUGGACGGGAAGCUGGACCGGAGGCCCGGCGCGGAGGGGGACGUUUCGGUUUCACGUGGCUCCUCCCCGAUGUCAACUGGUCGAUUCCUUGAUCGGACACGGAACCUGGACCGGAGCCGAGGUCUCGGCGUGUGGACGGACGGGCGCGAGGACCCGCUGCCCUCCGGAGAAUCCGGGCGGAAGGAGUGGGGGCUGCGGGGGGCCGGGGCCGGGGCGAGAGCAGAGGCUGUUGACUUGGGCCUUGGAGUGGACAGGCCCGGGUGUCUGCGAGGUUCGGGGGUGUCCGGCUGUGAGUCCCCUUAAGUAGCAGACCCGACGAGUAUUUAAGGUCGAAACCCUGCCGUGUAUAAAAGUCACAAUAAA